UCGCAGGGCGACAGUUCAGUGCAGCGCAGCCGCAGAGCAGAAAUGAACUCGUUAGAGCAAGCGGAAGAUCUGAAAGCGUUUGAGAAGAGACUGACCGAGUACGUGUCCUGUCUGCAGCCUGCUACCGGCCGCUGGAGAAUGAUUCUGAUUGUGGUGUCGGUGUGCACAGCGACUGGAGCCUGGAACUGGUUAAUAGAUCCGGACACUCAGAAGGUUUCCUUCCUCUCGUCCUUAUGGAAUCAUCCUUUUUUUACCAUCAGCUGCAUUACUCUCAUCGGCCUGUUCUUCGCUGGCAUACACAAGCGAGUGGUGGCGCCAUCUAUUAUAGCUGCCCGCUGCCGGACGGUGCUGGCUGAAUACAACAUGUCCUGUGAUGAUACGGGAAAACUGAUCCUGAAGCCGCGGCCGCACAUUCAGUAGCGCCACAGGUUGUAGGGUGUAAGGUACUGAUCACCAUGUGAAUCGCUUUAAUGUCGAGACCUACAGCUGGACCGAGCUUCUCACCGUCGGCACUCUGGCGAAGAACCCGAUCUGAACGUUGAAUUUUUUUUUUUUUUCCUUUUUGUUUGUUUGUUUGCUGUUAUUUUAUAAUCUGCUCCUGCAUGCACACAUCCCGGUGGGUAUAAAAGAAGUUUUAUUUGGUUUUGCACUCAGUGUUUUCCUUUAUUAAGGACCUGCUGCUGUUUAGUAAUUAGAAGAAAAUGAUUUAACACAAAUACUGAGCAGAGAAACGGAGCCGGCGUAUCACUUCAUGUUGUUUUUUAUCAUUAUUACUGAUAUUAAAGUGUCUUUUUAAUUGUUCAUGUUUCUCUGAAGCUUUUAUGACUAUUGUUGAGCAUGUAUUCAUUAUUUAAAAUCAAAUGUUUUACUUCUAAAAUCAGAUGAUUUUUCUAUUGGUGGUUUUUGUAUAUUAAAUAAUAUAAUAACAUUUUGGUCGGAAUGUUGUACACAUCAGUUUUGUAGAAUUUAUUCAGUGCCUUAAGUGUCCGACGUUCAAAACCUAACAUACGCAAUUUGGACAAAAGUAUCUGGACACCCCUUUUGAUUACAGAAGAUAUUUUGAAGAUGUUAAAUAUUUAAUGCCUUCAAAUAUGUGGACACAGUUUGGGAAAGGUCUUUUACUUUUACUUCAGUGUAACUCAUUCUACUCCAUUGACUGAGUUCAAAAGAUGGCCUGACCUAGGCAGUGUAGCUAUUGCUUCGUAUGUUUACCACCUCUGAACUGAUCUCUUUGUCCUUGGUAAACAGCUGAAAUGUUUUAAUGCUCAGUGAGUUUUCUGUUUCUAUUAUUUUGACCAAGCUGACAGCGAAGUGCGACGUUUAUCCCCCAGAUAAUUAAAAGUCUAGAAUUUAAAUAAUAAAGUCAGCGAGGUCGAGAUGUCUG